CUCCAGGUUUGCUGCAGUUGUUGUGUGCUGGGUCUGGCUCUACAUGCUGAAGGUAGAGGGUGUGAUGCCCACCAGCACCUGGGGAACCCCUGUGGUCAUGUCCUGCUCACCUGCUGUGAAGAGGGGCUCAGCCCUAACCCUAACCAAACACAGAGGAGGAAGGAGAGGCCCAGACCUACUACCCUGCCUGAGAAAGAUGUGAAUGAGUGUGUGACCAGCAUGCACAGUUGCCAGGCCAGUGAGCGCUGUGUGAACACCGUGGGAUCGUUUGUGUGUGAGAGGACCGUCACUUGUCCUGCUGGCUUCCAGCUCAGGAACCAAGUCUGUGAGGAUAUUGAUGAGUGUAUGGUGCGCAGCCACAACUGUGGUCAAAGGUUUGAGUGUGAGAACACGGAGGGCUCCUUCCUGUGUAACCCUAAACAGAGAUGUCUCACCGGCUUCACCCAGGACUCACAUGGAAACUGCAUUGAUAUUAAUGAGUGCAGUAGUCUAUCUGAUCCGUGCAGUGCUGGUUUUCACUGUAUCAACACUGUGGGCUCCUAUACCUGUCAGAGGAAGGUUAUCAUGUGUAGUCAGGGAUACCACUCCAGCCCUGAUGGAACACGCUGCAUCGAUGUGGAUGAAUGUCAGACAGGUAACCAUGGGUGUGGUGAGGGCCAGAUCUGUCAUAACCUCCCUGGUAGCUACCGCUGUGAAUGUCAAACAGGCUACCUGUACGAUGCACUACGCCAGAUCUGCAGCGAUGUGAAUGAGUGUUGGAGCUACCCCGGCAGGCUAUGUGCUCAGACGUGUGAGAACAGUCCAGGAUCCUACCAGUGUUCCUGUACAGCAGGCUUCUCUCUGGCCUUCGACGGGAAGAACUGUGAAGAUCUGAAUGAGUGUGACUCUAGUCCGUGUGGUCAGGAGUGUGCUAACAUCUAUGGGUCCUACCAAUGUUACUGCAGACAGGGCUUCUACCUGAAGGAAGAUGGACACACCUGUGAAGAUAUUGAUGAGUGUUCCCAGAGUAUUGGCAACCUGUGUGUGUUCCAGUGUGUGAACAUCCCAGGUAGCUAUCAGUGUGCCUGUCCCCCUAACGGAUACACCAUGUCAACCACCGGACACACCUGCAGAGAUAUUGAUGAGUGCACAACAGGAGUUCAUAACUGCUCUACAGAACAGACCUGCUCCAACGUCCAGGGAGGGUACAGGUGUCUCUCUUUCUCCUGCCCUCCAUAUUACAGAAAGGUCUCAGAUACUCGUUGUGAGCGCAGUGGUUGUCCAGCUAACUCUGUAGACUGCCAGACCUCUCCUCUGAGAAUCACCUACUACCAGCUGAGCUUCCAGAUCAACAUUGUCAUCCCCACUCAGAUCUUCAGGAUUGGCCCCUCCCCCGCCUACAGGGGAGACAACAUUGCUAUCUCCAUCACCCACGGUAACGAGGAGAACUACUUCUCCACGCGGAAGCUGAACAGUUUUACGGGGGCGGUGUACCUGCAGCGGCAGGUGAGACAGCCGAGAGACUUCCUGAUCGAUGUGGAGAUGAAGCUGUUGAGACAGGGAGCCUUCACUACCUUCCUGGCCCGGAUAUAUGUCUUCAUCACCUCUAACACACUGUAGAGUCUGUUGAGACAGGGAGCCUUCACUAACUUCCUGGCCCAGAUAUAUGUCUUCGUCACCUCUAACACACUGUAGAGUCUGUUGAGACAGGGAGCCUUCACUACCUUCCUGGCCCGGAUAUAUGUCUUCGUCACCUCUAACACUGUCUAAACACACACCAUCCCAGAACAGACUGUCACCCACCACUUCUGUAAUAUUCAUAUGGUGAUAAACUUUAUACUUGUAACUUACAUAUAUAUAUUUCAUCAUACAAUCUUAUCCGGAGCGACUUACAAAAGCAAGUGCAUACAUUUUCAUAGUUUUUCAUACUGGUCCUCCGUGGGAAUCGAACCCACAACCCAAGGACCGUGCUCUACCAACUAAGCCACGCACUUCAAAAACUGGAUUGUUCCUAAAGACUAAGUUAGUCUUCUGUUUUUAUACAAAAUCUCUCCGCUCUCUCCGCUGUCUCUCUCUCCGCUCUCUCUGCUCUCUCUCUCUUCGCUGUCUCUCUCCGCUCUCUCUCUGCUGUCUCUCUCCGCUCUCUCUCUGCU